AUGAUGACAGCCCAAACAAUGCUUCAGUCUCUUCCCCUUCAUCUUUGCAAAGAACUAGCAGCUCCGGAUGUUGUGAACGUUGAAGAAAUAUACAUAUCAGGGAAAUCUAGGCUGACCUAUACAUCUUUUGGUUUUGUGACUGCAGAAUUCUAUGAUGCAGAUAUAAUCUAUUACUCGGAACUGUACAAAGCUGUGGUCAAUGGUGACUGGGAAAGUGCUUCAGAAUUAUUGGGGCGUGAGCCACAAUUAUUGGACGCCCCGAUCGGAAUAGAUAAUUCAACAAUGCUUCACAUAGCAGUUGAGUUAGGAGAGGCCAGAAUGGGUUUCGUGGAGCAGUUGGUUGACUUUAUGCCAAUAGAUAAACUGGCUCUGAAGGAUUCUGAUGGCGCCACUGCCCUUUUCAACGCUGUAAGGGCUGACAAUAUAAAAGCAGUCAAGUUGUUAGUGAACAAAAGCCCAAGCUUGCUCAAUACCUGCAACCAAGGCAAUUUAGUGCCUCUUCACAGCGCUCUUAGGUAUGGUCAUAAAGAGCUGACUUUAUAUUUAUUAAGCGUCACCAGAGAUGAUGUAGAUCCAAGUCCUUUCGCAGACAAGCCUGGAGUCAUACUUCUGCACAGAGCACUAAUGGUGGGGUUUCAUGAUGUAGCACUGUAUCUGGUUAAACGUUUUCCUGACCUUGCCACAUGCAAUUUCGGUGAUGCUAAAGAUUCUUAUGAUGAUAAAGAUUCUGAUGAUGUUAAAACCCCUUUGACGGUAUUGGCUAAAAGGCCUUGGGCUUUCCGAAGUGGAAAUCGCUUCGAGUUAUGGGAACUCAUAAUAUAUCACUGUUAGUUUCUUUACUCGCUUGACUCUUUUAAUUUUCUUUGUGUUUUUCGCUGCAUCUCCCUUGCUUUUGUUUAUAGAGAAAAGAAUAAUUAAUUUUCAUGGCUUUGGAUGACAUGAAAAUGUAAGAAAAAUAUUACAGAAAAAGGCAGGAGGAAUUCUAAAAUUUUUUCUCCACUUUCCUCAGAAAAGUUGGAAACAAUUUGGGAAUAAA